AUGGCAACACAAUCAGGAAGACAUAUAAGAAGUAUAGAAAAGUCAAUUGUGCUUUCCGUGAGAGAUUUCUUUGUGAAAGAAAAGGAGGAUGGCCCCAUCCUUCUGGACAAACCGAUCCAGAGAGUAGCAGAAGCAACAGGGAUGCACCAGAGAACAAUCUACAGAAUCUGCAGAGAACAUAGAGAUAAGGGACAUAUUGAAAGUCCAAGGAAGAGAGGGAGAAAAGAACACAGUGGACCAGUUAGAGAGUACACAGACAAUUUUCAAGAGGCUGUAAUCAGGAGAAGAAUUCAUAAAUUCUACACUGACAAAGUCUUCCCCACAUUAACACUACUCCAUGCUGCUCUAGUAGAAGAAGAGGAGUUUCCAUAUUCAAGGGCAAGUUUGCAUAGGAUCAUUAGCAGAAUGGGCUUUCGACAUAAAACUAUGAACAGAAAAAAAUGUUUAUACGAACAGCACCGCAUUGUGGCCUCACGAGCCCAAUACCUGAAAGAAAUCAAACGAUUUCGAUCAGAAGGUAGGCCUAUUAUCUACCUUGAUGAAACAUGGCUAAAUCAGCACCAUACAGUGACAAAAUGCUGGACAGACUAUGACGGGAAAGGUGGCCUCAAGAUUCCUAGUGGUAAAGGAAAACGACUCAUAAUCCUUCAUGCAGGUUGUGAGCAAGGGUGGAUUGAUGGAGCUGAACUGAUUUUUGUUGGCAAAAGAGACUCAGGCGAUUAUCACAACGAAAUGAAUAUUUUACAUUUCAUGGAGUGGUUUAGAGAGAAGCUGUUACCAAACUGUCCACCUCGAUCUGUGAUUGUGUUGGAUAAUGCCAAGUACCACAACGCAGUUGUUGAAAAAAUACCAACCAAGUCAAGCAGAAAACAGGAUAUGUUAGACUGGCUUGCAAAGCAUAAAAUUCGUCAUGAAAAGAAGAUGUUAAAAGCUGAACUAUAUUUCUUAAUUUGGGCAACCAAUCCUGUUUCUGUAUACCAAACAGACGUCUUUGCACAAGAAAAGGGACACUGCUGUUUGCGUCUCCCUGUUGGUCACUGUGAACUAAAUCCUAUAGAGCUCGCAUGGGCACAAGUCAAAGGUUAUGCAGCUAGAAAGAAUACAGGGAUCAGUGGUUUUACUAUGGAGAACAUCUUGCAACUUGCCAGAGAAGGAAUGCUGGAAGUCACACCAGAUCGAUGGGCUGGCUGUGUGGAACAUGUACGAGAAAAGGUGGAGAAACACUAUUGGGAAGUAGACGGACUGAGGGACGACCUAGUUGAGCGAAUGGUAAUAGAAGUAGGCCAUGGCGACACCUCGAGCUCUGAGUCUGAAGUAACUGUUAGCGAUACAGAAAGUGACUAACUGUUGACCUUUGGUAUUGUACAGGGUGUAGCAACAGCAGGUAGCUAAUUUAUAUGUCCAUUAGAGUAUCAACUUCAGUCUCAAUUACAGUCUUUAUCUUAAAGAGUUGAAACUAAUUUGGCAAGCUAUGCAUUUAGAGAACGUUGAUUGACAUAACUCCACCCUCUAUCUCAUUAUAUUUCUAAAGUGUGCUGUAUCUCCUCUCUAAUACACCCUAUGAACAACACGUUGCCAUAAUUGAAUAAAGGGAAUCAAGAGCUAUGCAAUGAUGCCCGUAUCAAUCCCGUAUCUUCCAAAGUGGCCCCUCAGCUGCCCAUUUUCGGUUGUGACUUUAAUGCUGGGACAGAC